AACUAACACACACAGAGCUUCCUUCAAUCCGUCCCCUAUAUAUUCCCGUCUCUCCUCCAAUUCUUCCCUUCAAACAAUACCAGCAGCAGUCACAGGAAAAUCACAUUCUACUAGUGAAAACCUACCUUAGCUAACACAAACAAGCAACUAAUGGGCGAGCUUUUUCAAUCGAAAUUUGUGCGAAGAAUGAAGGAAGGUGCGAAGAAUGAAGGCGAGAAGAAGCCUGCCGCUGCCGCUCCCGCUCCCGCUCCCGCUGAGAAGAAGGACGACGACAAGGUCGUUUUGAAGAUCGAUAUGCAUUGCGAAGGCUGUGCUAGGAAAAUCAAGAGAGCAGUCAAACACAUGGAUGGUGUGGAAGAUGUGAAGGCAGACACUGGGGCCAACAAACUGACUGUGACAGGAAAGGUGGACCCUACCAAAAUCAAAGAGAGGCUUGAAGAAAAGACAAAGAAGAAGGUCGACAUCAUCUCUCCUCAGCCGAAAAAAGACGCCGCCCCAAAGCCGGCCGAGAAAUCGGAAAGUAAACCAGCGGAGAAAAAGGCCGAAGAGAAAAAACCGCCUAAAGAGAGCACUGUCGUCCUGAAGAUCAGGUUGCAUUGCGAUGGUUGCAUCAAGAAGAUCAAGAAGACAAUCGUGAAGAUCCAAGGAGUUGAUAGCGUAUCCGUAGAUAAUUCCAAGGAUCUGGUGACGGUUAAGGGCACAAUGGAUGUGAAUGCUCUAGUGUCGUAUCUUAAGGAGAAGCUCAAGCGGCCAGUCGAGGUGGUUCCCGCCAAAAAGGACGACGGCGCUGCAGAGAAGAAAGACAAAGAAGCUGCUGGUGGGGACAAGAAGGUUAAAGAAGUUGUCGGCGACGAGAAGAAGGUUAAAGAAGUUGUCGGUGACGAGAAGAAAGAGAAGGAGAAAGGCGGAGACGACGGGAAGAAGGAAGGUGGUGUGGCUAAAGUGGAGGUGAGCAAGAUGGAGCAUUUCGGAUACUCGCAACCAGGUCCGUCGUACUGGUUCGAUGGACAUGUGUACGGUCAGAACUACGUAGCAGAUAGUUAUCACCAAGGGUACAUAGCACAGGGUUACGUUCCUCCUCAGAGUCAUGUUUACGAGCACCCAGGGUAUCAGCAAGGAUCAUAUAUGCCUAUGAUGGAGUACCACUCGCAGCCUCCACAGAUGUUCAGCGACGAGAAUCCAAAUGCGUGUUCCGUCAUGUGAGAGAAAUCAACCGUGGAGAAUGUAUUGUUACCUGAAAAUGUAAAUAAUGUAUUACUAAAAUAAUCAUUUAAAAAGGUUUUGUAUUGGUUAUAGUUUACUAUGAAAUUAUCAAUAUCAUUUUCUGAUAAGGUUACAAAUGGAGGAUGA